GAAUUCAAACAGUAUAUUUGCUUCGUUAGAAAUUUCCGCUUCAUUGCAUUUUGCUGUCGCUGCUUCGCGUUAACUCUCGACGUUCGAAAUUUCAACAUUUUUAACACGUUCCAAGAUUCAUAUUUGAAGAAAUUAGUGACAAUCGAGAAAACGUGUGAAACAUGACAUUCAACGACGUAUUGUGGUCUGCGUCUGCCUGGUCAUCGUUGAAAGAGAAAUGUGGCCAUCUUUCCAAAUUAGAAAUGUCUAAAGAGAUUCUAACAUUUGGUGAAAAUCAAAAUGAUCAAAAUGAAACUGGGAAGAAAGGUGUCAUGAAAUUCAAUGACGACAAAAUACUAGGUCCUGAUGAACGGGAAAAAUUCAUAAAUAUAUGAAUGGGCGGAAAGCGACUCAAUCCUUUUUUGCUCAUGAAAGUGCUUCUAAGCCAUUGUCAUUAAAUCCUGCGUUUUCGAAGGAAGUUGAUCAUGGUCGUAAUGUCACUAAUGUGUCUUCCAAUGGUGCCGAUAUUUGUUCUUCUUCUACUAAAUCUUUUUUUAUUUCCGAAUGUGCUCUCAUCGUUUCAAUCAUGAAAGAAAUAGCUGAAGGAUUGCUUGUUUCGGUGGAUUUAGUUGAGAAAUUUGUGAAAAAUCCAAAUGACAAAUCAGCGAAAGACAUUUCAACCUUGUUUGCCAAAAUUUCAGACGAGAAUGUCGAUGUCAAUACCGAAAUUAGAAACUCGUCCAACAGAAAAUCUUCACAAAACAGAAAAUUUGAAAAAGACGAUGACGUCACUGGUUUGCUUACAAGCGGCAGUGAAGCUAAUGAAACGCUCGAAGCACGUUUAGAUCGUCUUAAUUCUGAAAACAAUCGUUUGAAUCAUAAAAUUUCAGAGUUAGAAGAACGACAUAACGCUAUUAUGAUCGAACUUUUUCUUGCAACCGAAAAAGUUAAAGAGUGUCAGCAUGUUUUCAUUGAUAAUCCUGGUAUUAUAAAUGAUGGGAAGUGGCUUGGCUACCCAAAUUAUAAGAACUGUAAAUAUGCAACUAACUGCAGCAAUGAAGACUUAAAAGACGUUCCUAAAGUUGUAAUUUCGACAAAUGAUAUGAAUGAAUAUUUUCAUGAAAAUCAAAAACUGAACUACAAUAAAAAAAAAUCUGAGGAAAAACGUCCUGAAGAAGUAAAAAGCCUUGUAAUAAGUGAUAAAAGAAAAAGAAAUGUUGAAAUGAAACCUGAAGGAAACAUUGAAAAUGACACAAUGAAUGAUGAAGGAAUGAAAAAUAAUGAAGAUCGUCAAGAAAGAAAUGAUAAUGAAGAAAUGAUGACAUCUUCAGACAUGUCACAAUUUAAUGAAGAAGAUGCAUUACCUUUCUCAGUUCAACAAGAUGAGAGCAAUAAUUAUGAAAAUAUAUCAUUAAAAAGUGCGCCACCAAUCUCAGUUGCUUCUUCUUUAUUUGUUAAUUACAAAAUGAUGUUGCUCACAAUCCCUGAAAGAUUAUUGUCUUCUGAUGUGACAGCAAUGAAAGAAUGGGCACGUCGACAAUUCUCAAUUGAGCAUGCUCAAGAUGCAACAGAAAUCUUACGUGAACUUGAUCGUCGUUUGAUCAUUAGUGCUUCAAAUUUAAGUGUUCUUCACUCGUUUUUUGAAUCCAUCAUCAGAUUUGACCUCAUCUACAUUAUUGACGGCUAUCUGACCGGAGAUUACAGUGUUUUCAAAAAACGCUCAGCAAAUGAAAAACCUCGACGAGAAAAUCAUGGAACAAGAUCAAGUUAUAAAUCUUUAUUAAUGUCAACAAAUGAUCGUCUUUCGUUGCAAUAUUCCUCAACUGCAAGCAAACCCAUACGCAAAAGAAACAACGAUGUUAGCUCUCAUAGAUCCAUUCAGCGACCUUCUAAUCCUUUGUCGCCUGUAAACAUCAAUGUUUCCAACCCUGUUCCUAAACAUCCCCAUGAAAAUCAAUCAGAAGAUUUUUUAACUCAGAAACCGAAAUCAUCAAUUGCAACAAACACAAUCGUGUCUGAAGCCCAUGUAAUGAAUACGUCAUUCAACAAUGCAAGCAAUCCUUUGCGAUCCUCUGGUCUCCCAAAAGGUAUUCAAUUUCCAGGCAGUAAUGGUAAGAAACACUCAAAGUUCAAUAAUAAUUCCCAGAACUCUGAAGUGGUGUUCACGUCUCGGGAAGGUAACUGGUUAUGUAGUCACUAAAGACAUUGUUUUGUUAAAUUUGAUUGUUGUGAGCAGUUUUAUCCCUGUCAUCGUUGUCAUAACAAUCAAAGUGCGUGUGGCAACAAGAAGCUUAAAUCACGUGAUGUAAAAAAAGUCAAAUGUGCUUAUUGUAGCAACGAACAAGAGUUUGGUGAAAAGUGCACGAAUUGUGGUGUUAAAUUUGCCGAAUAUUUCUGCGCUAUAUGUAAACACCUUACUGACAAAGACGACCAUCCUUAUCAUUGCGAGAAAUGUGGAAUUUGCAGAGUUCACGGAGAUCGUUCUUUUCAUUGCGAUGUUUGUGGUGUGUGUCUUGAUGUACAACUGCGUGGUAAUCAUAAAUGUAGAGAAAACUCCGCACAUGAUGAAUGUUGUAUAUGUUUAGAGGAUGCUUUCACAGGUUGUCAAAUAUUACCAUGUUCUCAUAAAGUUCAUAAAGAAUGCGCCAAUGAAAUGAUUCGAAGAGGAAUGUAA